AUGGUCAGACCAUUCCAUCCAGCUCAAUUUGCCAGUCAUACUCUAUAUCAACGUCUAGUGCCUCAUCGCUCUUAUCCUAAUAGGAAGCCGAGAUCAUCGGACAGAAUCUAUAGGAAGCGUAUAGCAAUACGGACGGGAGCGAUAUCCCCCGACCCUUCGGUAGCACCUUCGUCAACGGCUAGAUUCGAUCUUAAACUUAGCGAAUUACGCUCUGAUUUCGCAUCUAACUCCUCUAGUGCUAACUACAUCACUACUACACCGCAGUGUCCUAUCCUAGAACCUAAAAUAUAA